CAGGCUGCCGAAUUGUGCAACGGAGCGUGCGCAUGACUGGUCAACUAGCCAAGGAAGGUUUCUUUAUCAAACUGUUCGAACAGUCUGGUGUGGUGUCCGGAACAAAAACAAAAACAUCCUCUCUGCAGGUCGCACACUCUCCGCUGAGACGCUGAAUGACUUUGUUAGCGAUCUCAAUUGCUCUCGCCAAGCCCAGAAUCUGUCGGUAUUUACUCGUGAUUUUUCUUCCGAGUUUGUUGUGUCGGGAUCCACGCGCGUCCUUCAAAGGUCGCUCGAUCGGACGGGAUCGAAGCGUAUUUUUCACGGUGGAAGAUAUUUUCAAAGAGACAGCCAAAGCCAAAGAGCGACCCAAACGAUGGAGGACAAAUUUCUCAUCGGCGGUCUUGCCCGGGCCAGCCUUGCCGUGAUUCUUGUCCUGAUCCUCCCGGGCCCAGCCAGCCCGGCCCCGCUGGCCCUCCGAGUCCACGUACCGGUGGACCGGUGGAGGCCCGUAGCCGUGCAGCCGCGCCCCACGUUCCCAGCCAAGCCUCGGGAACAAGUCAACUUGUCGGUGCCCAAACCCUUGGAUGGUGAUAGUGGUGAGAUUGGUGGUGAUGAUGGUGAUGGUGAUGAACCAGCCUGGAGGCUGAAGUUCCGGGGUAUGGAUUUACCGCGACAGUUUGGAGCCUAUGACUUGGAUCACAACCGAGGGGUGAGCCUGGUGGAGCUCGCUGCCGUGACGGACACCGAGCUGAGGGACGCCAAGGAGCCGUUUGAUGCUGCUGAUUUAGAUGGAAACAAAGUCUUGUCGCAGGAGGAAUUCACGCAAGCUCCAUGGCUCUUCGAUGCGGGCGGCAUCACUCUGCUGGAUUCAGCCAUGGACCAUGGAACGGAAGUUGAGGCUAACGACGGUGGUGUAGAGACUAGGCAGCCUUAGCCAACAAUGUGGGAGCUACAUUAGGGAGAAAGAGGGCGCUGUCUUGGUAUGAACGGUGGAAAAUCAAGUUUAUUGAAGCAGUUCAGUAAAUGUACUUAAAACCUAGGAAAAAAAACAUGUAAGUUUGUGUAAGUAAGGCAACAUGUAAACUUAAUUACGUCGAUAGACCUGAUGCAUUAUAAGGCGGAGUUAGAGGGCAAUGGCUUUGUAUAGCAUGGAUAGGCGUGAGUAAACCUUUUUGUGCAUUCAUUGUUAAUGCAUUUAAAAUAACAAAGAAUACCCUCUGAGACACCUGCGACGCAUAAGGUCUAUUUGCGUCCAGCUAAUGCACAGCGGCCUCAUUCAUGAAGAAAAAAAAUGGCCUAAGUAAUCCUGGGUUUUCCAACCGGGGUUUUCCAACCUCGCAGCCUUCGCAGUGUGAUGUAUAUUGUAUAACUUGGGGGAGUACGGGGUAACGCCCCCUCCCCCACUCAAGGCCGGUGCCUCCGUGUGUCUCCCUUGCUCGUUUAUAGUUUUGAAAUAACAGUUUGGUUUCGUUUGAAGCCAUGAGCAAAUCAUUUUAGUGCUUCCAACAAAAAAAAAGGCUCAAGUACUCCCUGGACACUGCGGCUAUAAUGUUUCUAUCACAGCUUCCGGAGUCGGGAGUCUGUGACCGUUUGCACUAAGUACAUGUAUUAUUAAAACAAAAUCUUAAUUACUCCGGAGAUGAAGUAGAAGCUGCAGUUUGAGCCGAGCUUUGGGAAAUGGCAAAGGAUUGAUUGUUAUGAAUGAGCAUCGAGUUUUUUGCAGGAGGUUGAAUUGUAGAUUCCGUUAUCGUGGGAAAUGUCAUAGUGUAACUUGAGCCACCGCACCCCUGUCGUAGGGUAACAACUACGGGCGAAGACCGGGAUGGGAGGGGGGGGGGCAGCCCAUAGCAGAGCUACACUUGUGAUUUGUAGUUUUUAGUCAAUUUAUAUCAUCUACGUGCAUUUAAAAUACACAUUUCGAUCCUUUCCAUUGGAAUUAAAUGUCGUGCAGUGUUAUCUCAUUGCUAUAAAAUUCCCUGUAGUAAAUGUCAGUUUAAUUGUGCAGCUCAUUAUGCAUGUACUCAGAUUUGUUGGGGGUUAAUGAAUUGUGUAUGUUUGUGUGCAGGCUUGAGACCAGGAAAGUAACUGGCAAGAAGAAGAAAGAGGGCCCAUUGUUAAAAAAAGAAGAAGUAUCAGUCACUGAAAUCAUACAGAAAAGUUUAAUAGUUGUACGAUUGUCAGUCGGUCGAAGGCGUUCGUUUUGAAACGUUCCAGAAACAGUUGCGAACAAGUUCGUAUCUAGGUUCUGUGCGCAUUUAAUUAUAUGCUUGCCCAUACCUUUAAUGGCCGUGGUUGUUAUUGACACUUGGAAGGAGCACAUUAAAUUGAAA